GCGGCUGUCUCAUUUAGCAUCUCUCCAGCCUGUUCUCCAGCCAUGGUAUACAAUAUCCAAGGAGCCUUUACCGCACCUAAGCUCGGGCUAGGCCAGCACACGUAUCCCGUCAAAGCACUGCAGAGCAAAUACAGACAUUUGAAGAAGCUUUCUAUCCCUUCAUUCAAGGACAUUGUCCCGGUACUGCUCAUUGGCUCAGACCACCCUCACUUGGUGACUCCAGUUGAGCCAGUCAUCUUUGGUCCCCCUGGUGCACCGGUUGCUGUCCGCACCCGUCUCGGAUGGACGCUGGAAGGUCCGACCAACAAUCUAAAGCAGUACCUUAUCGAACAACGCUGUCUUUUCACCACCUUCGGGGCUCCUCCAGCUGACAUCUACCAGCAUGUCGAAAGGCUUUGGCAGCUGGACGUCCUCCCAUGGCGCAGCGAAAAGGCCAGUACGAGGUCACGACAGGACAAGGAGGCCCUUGAAUGCUUGGAUAAACAGACGGUGCGAGUACAUGUUAAUGGUGUUCACCGCUAUGCCACACCUCUUCUCCGCGUGAAGAACUUUCCCCAGCUCUGCGCACCAAAGGAGGCAGUACUUCCUCAGCUCCGGAAUACGGAAAGGCGGCUGGCGAAGAACCCUGAGAUGGCCCAAGUCUACAACGCAGAGAUCCAGAGACUUGAACAGGCUGGUUAUGUGGCGAAACUACCCCCUGGCACAGAGAACACCUCAAGUAGCUGGUACAUCCCUCACCAUCUUGUCGAACACAAUGGCAAGCACAGAGUGGUUUUUAAUUGCUCUUUCCAGUACAGCGCCACUGACUUGAACAAACUCCUGCUCCCUGGUCCAACCCUUGGUCCACCACUCCUUUCAGUUCUCCUGCGAUUCAGAGAACAUUGUGUGGCCUUCAGCAGUGACAUACGGGGGAUGUUUCAUCAGGUCAGGCUCCUUCCAGAGGAUGAGCCUCUCCUUCGCUUCCUCUGGAGGGAGCUCAAGCGUGAUGAACAACCUACAGUCUACCAGUGGAAGGUGCUUCCCUUCGGCACUACCUGUAGCCCCUGCUGUGCUACAUAUGCCCUACAGAAGCAUGUCACUGAUCAUACUCAUCCAGCUGAUGCAGUGAGAGACUCUGUGUUAAGACAUUUCUACGUGGAUAACUGUCUACAAAGCGUGCCUACAGUUGAAGAUGCCAAGCCCAUCAUUGACAAACUGCAGACUCUCCUUGCCGAGGGAGGCUUUGAGCUACGCCAGUGGGCCAGUACACAUCCAGACACCAUCCGUCACCUCCCUGCUGAGGCAAGAUCGGCUAGUGCUGAAAAGUGGAUCGCACAGGGUCACCCAGGUCAAGAAGAAUCAGCCCUGGGCCUGCAGUGGGACUGUCGAGAGGACACCCUGUCCUUUAAGUGUCGAGAGUCUGUAGCCACUGAAGAAGUUGUCACUAUGCGCUCCAUCUAUAAAGUGGUGGCAAGCCAAUACGAUCCCCUUGGCUUUCUAGUACCUUACACCACCAGGGCCAAAGUUGUCAUCCAACACCUGUGGGACAAAAAGCGAGACUGGGAUGACCCUGCUCUGCCAGAUCACCUGCUAGCCGCAUGGAGAGAGUGGGAGGACGAGUUACCUCACCUACAGAGCAUAGCACUUCCAAUGUGUUACACUGGCCGUGAGUUAGACAAUCCCACCUGUGAGCGCGAGAUCCACGUGUUCUGUGAUGCCUCGGAGCGAGCCUAUGGCUCUGUGGCAUACCUCCGAACAGAGAAUCCUCAUGGAGUCGUCCAAGUAGCUUUCGUCACCGCAAGAUCCAGAGUUGCUCCAAAAAAAGCAGCAGUCAAUCCCACGGCUGGAGUUAUGCGCUGCUCUGACCGGAGCACAAAUGGCUCGGAUCCUCAAAUCUGAAACUCACACUGCCCAUCCAGCGGGUGGUGCUCUGGUCGGACUCUACUACCGUGCUCAAGUGGCUGCAGUCGGAGUCAUGCCGAUUCAAAGUGUUUGUUGGUACACGCGUGGCAGAGAUUCAAGAUCUCACCGAGGGCGACACAUGGUGGUACGUGGACUCUGCACAAAACCCUGCCGACGACAUAACGCGUGGCAAACCUCUCGACACAUUGACACCAGACAGCCGCUGGGGUCAAGGCCCAAGCUUCUUGUGGUGUGACCCAGACAAAUGGCCACAAAGUCCUCAGAUUCAGACAGAUGCAGAUCAGGGUGAAGAGCUCAAGAAACCACAGUUCUGCGGCCUCACUACUACCACGCCAAGUCAUCUCCCGGAUGCUAAGCAGUUCUCUUCCUUCAGAGACCUCCUGACCGCCACAACGAAGACUCUACAUGGGGCGGCCCCAGGCAACGUCACAGCCUACAGGCAAGCCCAGCUGGCUCUGCUACAACAGGUCCAACAAGAGAGUUUUCCCAUUGACUAUGCCCAGCUGCAGUCAGGGAAACCAGUUGCCAAGAGCAGCAGACUUCUCAAACUUGCACCAGAGUUCGACCACAGUGUCAAGCUCAUCCGUGUUGGUGGACGUCUGCGCCAUAGUGACCAGCUGGAACCGGAUACUGUUCACCCGGUGGUGCUGGAUGCCAAACACCCAGUCACGCAGCUGCUCAUCCAAGAGUAUGAUUACCGUCUGCACCAUCCAGGCCCAGAGAGGGUUUUCUCAGAGAUGCGCCGCAAGUAUUGGCUACCAAGAGGGCGAGAGGCUAUCCGCCGCUUUCAGCGCAAGUGCCAAGAGUGUCAAAAAUGGCGCGGAAAGCCACAAAUCCCUAAAAUGGCAGACCUGCCUCCAUCCAGAGUCCGACUUUUCAAGCCAGCAUUUUACUCAACAGGAGUAGAUUGCUUCGGGCCAUACUCUGUAGCGAUUGGAAGGAGGAGUGAAAAGCGCUGGGGAAUAAUUUUUAAAUGCAUGACCACCCGAGCCGUGCAUAUCGACAUGCUCUCCAGUUUGAAUGCAGACUCAUUCCUCAUGGCCCUGCGACGGUUCAUCGCCCGCAGAGGAAAGCCGUUCGAGCUGAUUUCAGACCAGGGGACUAACUUCAGAGGUGGUGAUCAAGAGCUCCGGGAAGCAUUCGCUGACCUUGCUCCAGACAUCAAAGCUCAACUUGCCUCUCAGCAAAUCGACUGGAAGUUUAAUCCACCUAACGCCCCCCCCACUUCGGCGGCUGCUGGGAGCGCGAGAUACGCUCAGUAAAACAAGCUCUGCAAGUAACCCUUGGAGCCCAGCUUGUGACAGAUGAGGUAAUGAGAACCCUACUAGUUGAGAUUGAAGGGAUUCUCAACUCCAAACCAUUAGGCUACACAUCUGCAGACAUCGCUGACCCUGAUCCAAUAACUCCCAACUCACUUCUCAUUGGGCGGCCAGAUGCCUCUCUACCGCAGGUGGUGUAUCCUGACUCCGAGCUCCUGAGCAGUAGGCGUUGGCGCCAUAGCCAGCUGUUGGCUGACCACUUCUGGAAGCAUUUUAUCCGUUUCUAUCUGCCCAGCCUCCAGGCCCGACAGAAGUGGAAUGCUGAAAACCCAGAUCUGCACAUCGGCAAGACGGUCCUCAUCAUUGACCCGCAGCUCCCUCACUCACUGUGGCCAGUUGGUACAGUGACCAGCGUAUUUCCCGGCCUCGACGGAAAAGUACGAUCUGCUGAGGUGAAUGUAGGAGACCGGGCGUACACCCGCCCUGUGGCUCGACUCAUCCAGCUUCCAGAGUUGUCAGACUAAACACUACCGGUCGAGUGGGCGCCUUUUCUUCUUCUACUGAUUCCCUUCAGUAAUCUGGGGGCGGCUGUAAAAAAGGCCCCCUUGUGGCCGCUAAGCAUCAGACACUUUACUGUGACUCUCUCUCUCCUACUGGAAGAUGCCUCGCUUCACCUGGACUCUUAGCCAAUCACAAGUUGACUCAGGAUCGCUCCACGCUGGUAGCAUUCUGUCUGAGACUUUUGCCAGUAGUGUACGCUAACUGCACGGGCUUACAACCCGCCUUGAUACAACUGCUUUAUUCUGUGUGCGUCUUUACAAAACCACACCCAUCACUGUACAUAUUCAAUCAUGCAGUUGUAAAUUCAAUAAAUACUGCCAAUGAAGAAAUCUUGCGUGAUUCUGACCGAUCACCCGCUGUGAGCUCUACCUAGCGAUCCACAAACUAUCUAAAUUAA